AUGGUUUCAUUCAAGACCCUCGCUAUCCUUAUGCUCUCUGUUAUCGCAGUUGAUGCCGCUGGAGUCAUUGGCAAAGCUGAAGGUUUCGCUGCUUCAGCCACUGGAGGUGGAUCUGCUGUUGCUGCAUCCCCAAAGGACAUCAACGAGCUUGUUACUUGGCUCUCUGAUAAUGUUUCCCGUACCAUUGUCCUUGACAAGACCUGGGAUUUCACAAACACUAUGAGCACAAGAACUGAGAAAGGUUGCACGCCCCUCUCAAACACAUGCAGCAAUGGUGCCGGACAGGAUUCAGUCGAUAUCAAUGGCUGGUGUGAACAGCCUGCAAAUGCUGAUCAAUCUCUACCCAAGCCAAUCAUCACCUACAAUGUCGCCAGUAUUCCUCCAAAUGCUAUCAAGCUCGGUUCCAACAAAUCCAUUGUUGGAGUUGGGGCUCUUGGAAAGAUUAAGGGUAGAGGUUUCUACAUUGCAGGUGCUAAGAACAUCAUUAUCCAGAACGUUGAAUUCGUCGAGAUGAACCCCAAGUACAUCUGGGGUGGAGAUGCUAUCUCGGUUGAUGGCACAGAUCUUUUGUGGAUCGAUCACGUCAAGAUCUCCAGAAUUGGUCGUCAAUUCAUUACCAUGGGUCCAGGUGCUUCCAACCGUGUCUCCAUUACCAACUCUGAGUUCGAUGGUACUACUCUUUGGUCUGCUAAGUGCAACAACCACCAUUACUGGACACUUUACUUCACUGGAUCCCAAGAUACUGUCACUUUCAAGGGCAACUACAUCCACAACACCAGUGGUCGUGGACCCAAGGUUGGAGGCUUGCACUCAUCCGUUACACCAAAUGUCUUCCUCCAAGCUGCCAACAACUACUGGUCCGAUGUCGCAGGAAACGCAUUCCAAAUCGGCGAAGGAGCAAAGGUCCUUGCUGAGGGCAACAUUUUCGAGAAUGCGCAAACACCCGUCAUCUUCGACAUUACCAGCAACCCUCUUUGGUCUUCAAGCAGUGGCGUUGCAGGAUGUGCUUCGAUCCUUGGCCGUAACUGCCAGGCUAACAGCCUUGUCUCAUCUGGAUCUUUUGCUGGAACGAACACUAAUGUUUUGACUGCUGCAAAGGGAUUGACUCUUGCUGCUGUUGCUGAUGUUGGAACCACCAAGGCCAAUGUUCUUAAGAACGCUGGUAUUGGAAAGAUUUAA